GCUGCCUCGGCCAAUCGGGGGAGGCAGGACAAGUAGCCGAGGUCCGGCGGCCAAUCAGGAGAGGCGUUGAUCUCGUCCCGUAGUGCUGCCGGACUCCGGCUUGGAUACGAGAGGGCUCCGGGUCUAGGUUGCCACCAGGGAAAGGAGCGGAGGUGCGGGCCCCGCAGGGAGGCCCGGGCCGGGGCUACCACCGUUGCCGCAGCUGCGGCCGCCACCCGCCUGGGUCUUGGCCUUGACGUCACCGCUAGCCCUGCCGGGGGUCGCGCAUGCGCACUGGACCACAUGGAGCAGGCUGGCUCCUCUGCGUGCCCCGAGUCCCAGGAGCCUGAAGAGCCGGGGGAGCACUUUCUCUACUUCGCUUAUGGCAGCAACCUGCUCAAGGAGCGCCUGCAGUUGCGGAACCCCUCGGCUGAGUUCUGCUGCGUGGCCCGACUGCAGGAUUUCAGACUCGACUUUGGGAACUAUCAGGGCGAGACGAGCACCUCGUGGCAUGGGGGCAUCGCCACCAUCGUAUCCAGCCCGGGGGAUGGCGUGUGGGGCGUCGUGUGGAAGAUGCACGCCCGGAACCGGAGUUCCCUAGACAAGCAGGAAGGCGUCAGCAGCGGCACCUACGUGCCCAUCCAGGUGGACGUGCGCAGUCUCGAAGGGGACGUCCUGACCUGCCGCAGCUACCAGAUGCGCGACUACGUGCCGGCGCCGCCCUCGCCACAGUAUAAAACGGUCAUCUGCAAGGGGGCCAGACAGAACGGGCUGCCUCCGGAUUACCAGAGGAAGCUCGAGGACAUCGAGACCAACGACUACAAGGGGCCAGUGACGGUCCUCCAGGAGAUCGAAGCCGUCAUCCAUGAGAAGCUCUAGCGGAGCAUCCCUAAGCCGAGGGUGUGCUGCCAUCAUCUCCGGCUCUCCGGCCACUUGUGCGUUUUCUUUUUAUUUGAUGGGGCACCUCCUCCCCCCUCAUCUGUGUCCAGGUGCCCUCGCUGCAUUGGUGCCAGUCUCUGAUAUGCCGCUGCUCCUCCGAGCUUUCUGCAAGGACGGGGGAGACAGUCGGCCAUGAAAGUCGUGAGAUGCCAAAGAACUGGACCUGGGACAGCUAGGCAGCUCGGGGGAUGAGAGGGGAGCCAGGGAGGGGGAGGUCCCAGCUUCAAAUCUGGCCUCAGUCGCUUCCUAGCCAGGGACCAGGGAAGUCACGGAACCCCAGCAGCCUGCCCUUCUGCCUUGGAACUGACAGUUAGUGGGAUUCCGAGCUGGGGGAAGGGUUAAAAAAAAGAAUUGUUCCUCAAAAUCCUCUUUGGACGGCCAUGAUUUAGUAGUGGCCCCACAAGAAGGGGACAGACAGACAGACAGCCUUUCCUGGAAAAGGUGUGCUGGGGCCACUUUUCCUUGUGAGAUUGCUUUAGUAGACAAUCGUUUUGACAAUAAAAUAAAUGUGAAUGCUCUGCUGGAA